UGUGUCAGGGUGAGACUGUAGGGCUUAAAGAGAGAUUGAAUCCUUGUGUGAACCCUUUGACCAACCUGCAGCAGCCUGGACUCUCUCCUGAUGUUUGUCUGAGUGUAAAUAUGAAAACCAGCAUCGAUUCUUCUCAUCCUCCAUUGUCUCGACCAGCUGCCACCUGUUCAUAUGAACCUAAAACACUGGACUAAACCACAGCUGGUUUGGAUUGGACUUCUUCUGUUGUCUCAUUGUACCUGGAAAUCUGCAUACCUUCAUACGGUCCUUAAUAUCGCCUCUUAACUUUUCAAAAACCCAGCGAAGCUCAUAUAUCUGACGUCACGUGAAGUACUCGGAUCCGCAUGAAGGGAAAGUGGGUGGCAGGAUAUGUCUCACAACAGCGAUGAUCACAGUGAGAUGGUGUCUUCAUAACCUGAAACCUGCCAACCUGCCGUUUGAGAUGACUUCUAGAAGAAAUCCUUACACAGCUGCAUCUUUGUUGAUUCUUAUGAUCAGAGUCUUUAGAGGAAAUACCCUGACCUGUCAUCCAGCAGAGUAUCGGACAGGAAACGAAUGCUGUCCUAUGUGUCCACCUGGAAAUAGAGUUAAAACAGACUGCACAGAGUUCAGGAGUACUUCCUGUCUGCCCUGCUUAGAAGGAACAUUUGUGAAUCAACCCACUGGACUUAAACAAUGUUUUCCCUGCACAAACUGUGAUCCAGGUUCUGGUCUGAAGAUAAAGAGAUCAUGUACAACAACAUCAGAUGCAGUUUGUGAAGCCCAGGAAGGAUUCUACUGUACUGACUUUACAAAGAACAGCUGUGUGGCAGCAGAGAAACACACAAGAUGUCAACCAGGACAAUACAUCAGUCAAACAGGAACAGCCUCCAAAGACACUGUGUGCUCUGACUGCAGAGAUGGAACAUUUUCAGAUGGGACAUUUACAUCUUGUCAACCACACACACAAUGUGAAUCAGAAAACCUUCAGCUGAUAAAACCAGGAACUGCUGCAAGUGAUGCUGAAUGUAGAGAAAGAAGUAGCACAGUAAUGAUCCCAGGGCUGAUCACAGGAAUUGUGAUCAUCGCUGUAGUGCCUCUUUUAGUGAUUGGCAUCGUAGUUCUCGUCUGGAAGAGAAGAAAACGUCGAGCAGCUCUAAGAAGAAAUGGAUGCCCUCCCACAGAGGUAUGUUUGUUACUCUCUUAG